AUGGAGGCAAAAUGGUUGGUGUUUUUCUCAAUGGCAGCUACAAUGCUUGCCCUUCAUGUUGUGGAUGGUCAAGAAGAGUCGUCUGUGAAGCCAUUGGUGAAGAUAGUGAAGGGCAAGAAGCUGUGUGACAAGGGGUGGGAGUGUAAGGGAUGGUCUUUAUAUUGUUGUAACCAGACCAUUUCUGAUUAUUUUCAAGCUUACCAAUUUGAGACCCUCUUCUCUAAGCGUAACGCCCCCGUGGCGCAUGCAGUGGGCUUCUGGGACUACCAUUCUUUCAUUACUGCAGCCGCUGACUACCAGCCUCAUGGCUUUGGUACUACAGGAGGCAAGCUCCAAGGAAUGAAGGAAGUUGCUGCCUUUCUUGGCCAUGUCGGCAGCAAAACUUCAUGUGGGUAUGGGGUAGCCACAGGAGGACCAUUGGCUUGGGGUCUAUGCUACAACAAGGAAGAGAGCCCUAGCCAGUUCUAUUGUGAUGACUAUUACAAAUACACUUAUCCCUGCGCUCCUGGAGCUUCAUACCAUGGCCGCGGUGCCUUGCCACUCUACUGGAACUAUAACUAUGGAGAAACAGGAGAUGCCCUGAAAGUGGACUUGUUGAACCAUCCAGAAUACAUAGAACAAAAUGCAACCCUAGCCUUCCAGGCUGCAAUCUGGAGAUGGAUGAACCCAGUGAAGAAGCACCUUCCUUCAGCCCAUGAUGUCUUUGUUGGGAAAUGGAAGCCAUCUAAGAACGACACUUUGGCCAAGCGAACUCCUGGGUUUGGCACCACCAUCAAUCUGCUUUAUGGGGACCAAGUUUGUGGUCAAGGUGACGUUGACUCCAUGGACAACAUUGUCUCCCAUUACUUGUAUUAUCUUGAUCUUGUUGGAGUUGGCAGAGAAGAGGCAGGCCCUCAUGAAGUGCUCAGCUGUUCUGAGCAGAAAGCUUUUGAUCCUUCAUCUUCUUCUUCUUCAUCUUCAUCUUCAUCUUCAUCUUCUUGA